CUGAAACACACCGAGAGAAAAGAAAAAAAGUAGGAGGGCUGCACAAGUUUGAGAUCUGAGCACAGAGAAAAUUUACAGCAGCGCUGAGAUGGAAAUGCAGCUUCCACCUCACGAGGGAGGCGAGCUGUCUGUGGUCGACAUGCACACGGGUGGAGAACCUUUACGGAUCAUCCUCAGUGGCUACCCAGAGGUCAAAGGCGACAGCGUGCUUUCCAAACGUCGCUACGUCCGGGAACAUCUGGACCACCUCAGGAGGGUGCUGAUGUAUGAACCGCGAGGACACUACGACAUGUACGGGGCCCUGAUCGUGGACAGCGAGUUACCCGAGGCUGACCUGGCGGUGCUGUUCAUGCACAACGAGGGCUACAGCACCAUGUGCGGCCACGCCGUCAUCGCACUGGGACGCUUCGCUGUGGACUACAAACUAGUGAAAGAGCCGAAGUCGCCAGAGACACAAGUGAACAUCCACUGUCCCUGUGGCCUGGUGAAGGCCUUCGUUGAGUACUCUGAGGGGAAAACAGGAGGAGUGAGGUUUCUCAGCGUGCCAGCGUUUGCAUUUGCUACAGAUGUGACAGUGACCGUGGAGGGGUUUGGUGAAGUAACAGUUGACAUCAGCUACGGAGGGGCCUUUUAUGCCUUUGUGAAUGCCCAGAGGUUUGGUCUGGAUGUGUCCAAGUCCAGGACUCGGGAUCUUGUCGACGCAGCCACAGCUGUGACCAGAGCUGUCAAAUGUCAGGUGAAGUUGCAUCAUCCAGCCAGCGAUGAUCUGGCCUUCCUGUAUGGCACCAUCCUCACAGACGGGAAAGACGAUUACUCCCCUGAACCCACCGCCAAUAUCUGUGUGUUUGCUGAAGCUCAGGUAGACCGAAGCCCGACUGGUUCUGGUGUCACGGCUCGAGUAGCUCUUCAGUAUCACAAAGGCCUCAUCCAGCUGAACCAGACCAGGACGUUCCAGAGCGGAGCCACUGGGUCCCAGUUCACAGGAAAGGCUGUUGAGGAGACCAAGUGUGGAGACUUCAAGGCUGUACUGGUGGAAGUUGCUGGCAGAGCUUUUUACACCGGAGUUUCACGCUUUGUGCAGGAGGCAGAUGACAAGCUGACACAUGGUUUCCUGCUGAAGUAAGCAAGACGUAUAGGUUUUCUAUACAAAAACAAAUUAAAACAAAGGUUAUAUGGUGGUUUUUAAUAAGACAAAAACACAUUUUAUGAAAUCUUUUAGAUGACCAAGACUUGGUUUAGCAGCCUGCUUUAGCAGAGUAGUAAAUGAAGAAAUUGUUUUCCUUACUUAUGUUUUAAGAAAAACAAAAACUAUUAUACAUCUUGUGAAUCAUCAAAUUGUCCUAAAUUAUAUUUAAUAGAUUAGCAAAGUACAUAACUAACUCUUAGAGACAGUGAGGAUCUCAGUCACUGGACACAUCCGUUGAGUUGAUUCAGGCAUCUGACCAAGAUGUUCUGACCAGCCCAGAGGUGUUUCAGCCACGUCAAACUUCUGGGGCGGACUUAGGACAUGCAGAGUGUCUCAUCUGGCUUGGUAACACCUCGGGAUCCCCCCCAAGAGAGUUGGAAGAGGGAAAGAGGAAGAGACCAAGGUCUGGGUUUCUUUGCUUUGCUUAGACCCUGCCCCAGAUUAGCAGUAGAAAAUGGAUGGAUGGUUAUAACUAAAGAUAUAAUCUGAAGAACAGCUAAAAGGAAGUGUACUGCCAUUCAGAUAUCUACUAAAAUAUUCUUGACAGUGAACUGUAACUUUGAUUGUAUAUGAUAAUAAACAUAAAUAACUAUGUUAUCGUGUAUAACUAAAUGUAAAAAGGGAUUUUUGCUUUGAUGAUUUGAGGUGUACAUUAAAUGGGGUGUACAUUAAA